UAUGAAAUUUAUAUGUGCCGUGCCAUUCAAAGUUGUCGCCGGGAAGAGCAAACUGGAUUAGCUCUGUCAUGGUCGAGAAGUUGGAUCAUCUUAUCAUAAAAAGUGAACCGUUCUAUUCGUUAGAGGACACAGAUCUUCUCAAUGGGAUAGUCAACCUGCAGCAGGAAUUGGAUUUGCGAACACUGUGCCUAACUCGGUUAGGACUUUGCGAGGACACCUUGACUUUGCUGGAAGCCCAACAAAUUGAUAUCGAAUGCUUGAAAAAGAUGCGUUUUGAAGACGUCGAUGCCCUAUUCGAAACACAACCGCUAGGUCCAAAAAUUAAUUUCAGAGAAGCACUUAUAUCAUGGCGAAUAGAUAUCGGUAUGCCAAUGAAAAGUCUUAGGAUGGGAUCCUACCGCAAGAGAUCUGCUGAACAGGAGGUGACCCCCUUUCGUUCGAUGCGAGAUCUGAACAACUGCAAUAAUAUUAGUGAUCCAAUUAUAAACACGCCCACCAGUGAGGGGUACAAACCAAAAUCGGUACCUCGAAUUGCGUUUAGAACGUUUCCCUGGCCAAUGACGCCGGAGAUCUUGAAGGAUAUUCUGUCAAGUUGUAGCGUUGGCCGGUUUAUACUACAUUCCGGGGAGUUAGGAAGCUUAGAAAAGACAUUUCAGGGUCAACUGACGGCAAUUGUAAUCGAUUACCACAUGGAGUACGACACGAAGAUCACUGCACAGCAGUUAGAUAAUUAUUCUCGAUGCAUCACCACCUUGUUUCCACAUGAAAAUAAGAACACUUAUCACAUUCCCCGAGGGCCAACGAGGCGCAAUCCAGGGGGAUCGUUGUACUCUCGAUUCAUUAAUCAGAAGAUCAGCAAGAAAGCUCUCGCAAUCGGAAGCGGUUUGGUGGCUCCGUUCCAAGGCUAGUCAGACUGAAGUAAAAGCACGGAAAUAUUGCUCAUUUAGUAUUAAUUGUUUGAUUACAUUUGGUUUGACUGUGUUUAGGUUUCGUGUGGUAGUGAAAUUAAUAAUUAAACCUAAAAUUUAACUGAUCACUUAAUGUGUGAUAUCUAAAAAUGACUUGGUAUAAAAUAUGAUUUGCGAACAUAUUUAUUACGGUUAUUUGAUUAGGAGUCCUUAAGUUUGUUUUAUUAAAUAUUUUACACGUUACGUUACCCUAGAUUUGAGUCAUUAUGGUUUUAACUGCAUCAAUUGUUUUUUCUUUUAAACACGAAAUACAACCAAAAUAUACGAUUUA